AUGACAACCCCCGAGGAUGCUCCGAUCAAACCGCCGCCCUCCUUCUCGCCGGCUUCACCUCUUCCCACCAAGUCCAGAUACGCCGAGCGUCUGCAAAACUCGCAGCAAUCGGCGCUGACCUCUCUAUCUGAAACCGCCCUGAACAACUCUUUGGCCUCCGAGGUACAGUCCUCACCCUCGUCCCGGGCCAGCUCGCCUGACCGGCGUCUUUCUCGCUCCUCCCAGCGGCUCUCCAGAUCCUCGACUCUCUCACCAGCUAGGCAUCAUAUUGAUGCUUCGGAUGAUAUACGGUCAACUAUAAUUCGAGCCUUCUCCCCGGCUAUCAGUGUUUAUGCUUCACAAGAGACGAACGAGCUUGUACAAAGAAAGGGGCUUAAGGGCGGGUUUUGUGAACUCCUACGGCCGUUUGGCGAGAAAAUCAUCGGAAAGGUUAUCAUACGGGAUGGAGUAGGCUCUAGUCGGAGCUGGGAUGACUACGGAGUUCGAUUUGUGCACUCAAAUGGUUGUCGGCAGGCUUCUGCGGCUGGGGCUGAAGAUAUAGAUAAGAUAUCCCCUCUAGCACAAAUUGAAAAGGUACUGGAGAGCCAUCUGGAACUAUCUAAUCGAGCAGGGGGUGGUUCAAUAUUCGCACGCCAGCCUACUCCCAAGGGCAUCACGUUGUCAUCUCCGCUGUACAAGCUGUUUCUAAGGCGCAUGUUAUCUGCGGACUCUCCUACUCCUCAUGAAACGUUUCUUCACCCUGUGGCCUGUGUCAUAGCCAUCAGUUCCAGUACACCUUCUCCUCUGGAAGCCCUACGGCAGCUAUAUGCCAGCACAAGCCAUGGAGAACAAGGGCCCCAGCCCUGGAUUCAUCCAGAGUAUCUCCGAUAUUAUGUUCUCGUUCAUGACGAAGAUAGAGAUGACAUCGCUCAAUCAACUGCAUUAUUUGACCAGAUGAAAAGACAUUUUGGUCUACACUGCCACAUGUUGAGGCUUCGAAGUAACCAAUGUGUUUUGACAGAUGACGACAGCAUGCCAUUUCCCCCCUGUGAGUGGCAAAGUUCACGAGAGGAACUAAUAGAGAUGAAAGAGCAAGUCAAGCUAACGUUCGCAUUAUCUGCAGAGCCGUUGAUAGACGUCGGGUGGGAAUCUCCCUAUAUAUUUGAGUCUGAUGUAACAGCAAUCAUAUCUUUUAUCAGGGAACUGGUAGCUCAGUCUGUUAUCCCACACAUGGAGAACCGCGUGGCCUUCUGGAAUGAACAGGUUGCCUCCCGGAGAAGAGGUUUGAGUGGUCGUUUCAUGUCUAUCUCUAAACGCUGGACUGGAUUUGGCUCCAGCUCAAAGUCCUCCGGCGCUUUUGGUGGUGGCGGGGCUGGAAGUAAUUAUGAUCCUUACCAGGGUUGUUAUAAGCCUGAUUCUCCCGAAGCACUUCUACGGAAGAUGGCGGACUAUUCCUUUAUGCUACGUGACUUCAAGCUUGCUUCAUCCACGUACGACCUGCUCAGAAGCGACUUCGGAAACGACAAGGCAUGGAGAUACCAUGCCGGGGCCCAUGAGAUGUGCGCAAUUAGCAUGCUACUUAACCCCUUAACAUCGACAAUCAAAUCAAAACUCGACACUAUCGACCAAUUAUUGGACAUUGCCUGCUACUCUUAUCUAACUCGAUGCUCAGACGGCCAAAACACCUUACGCACUAUCCUACUUGGAGCUGAGCUUCUAAAAUCCCGAGGAGGUUCAGCCGCCGAAAAUGCCGCUAAAUGGAACAUGAAAGUUUUGAACAUGAACCUCGUCGGCCCAAUCGGCAGAAUCCUUGUAUUCGAACGGACAUCUGCCUGUUUCGCAGCCAAAGUCGCAACAGAAGGCACCAAAUGGGGAACCCGACGAAGAAAAGCGGGGAUGUUGUCACUUAUCGCUGCUGACUAUUGGCUAGCAAUUGGGAAACCCGCGCUUGCGUCUAGCUGCCUGGAGGAAGCUGAAAGGCAUUACGGUCAUAUCCUGGAGGAAGGCUUAUUUGCAUUUCCUGAUUUACGGAAUUUUGUUGAGGAACUGAGGCUGUCUGUGAAGAUGGGUUGUCUCCAAGCUCAGGGGUUAGAAGGAGAGGAACAACAGUCUACUGACGAACAACUUGACACUACCGAAGAGAUGAAUGAGAGGCUCGACUUUCGCCAUCAUCGGCGGUCUUUCCUGGGGUCUGUUGGGCCCCUGGAGGCUACACAACCACCCACACGCCUGAAAACAGAAGACGAGGAGCCUGCAGAUGACGACUUUGAAUGA